CACUACCACACUCGCCAAGCUCCCACACUGGGCAACUGCCUUCGUAGAGAAGUAGCUCAGCGCCCCAGCGGAAGGUUACCAGAGGUGAGGUGUGAGGAUAUGGACGGGUGCGGCGGCGGCGGCGAGAAGCGCGCGCUGGCCUCGGAGCUGACGCAGGUGCAAGCCAUGGUGAGGGAGCUGGAGGCGCGCAUGGACCAGGACCUGCCGGCGGCAGCCAGGGAGCUCUGCGGGGAGCUGGCGUCGUCCGUCGACAGGUCCAUCCGCAUCGCCAGGGCCUGUGGCUGGGACUCGCCGGGGUCCCGCGACGGGAGCCCGCGCAGCGACGGCGCCCCGCACCCGGCCGCCGGCGCCGGCGGCUGCAAUGCCCAGUCCAAGAGGAGGAAGGGGACGCCGUGCGUCAGGGCGCAGGUGCGGGUGGCCGCGGUGCAGGACAUGGCGCCCCUCGACGACGGGCUCAGCUGGCGCAAGUACGGACAGAAGGACAUCCUCGGCGCCAUGUACCCCAGGGCCUACUUCAGGUGCACGCACCGGUACUCGCAAGGCUGCCCCGCCACCAAGCACGUGCAGCGCGCCGACGGCGACCCGCUGCUCUACGACGUCGUGUACCACGGCGCGCACGUCUGCGCCCAGGCCGCGCACCCCGCCGCGGAGCACCUGCGGCGGCAGCUGCAGCCCGAAGGGCACGCCGACGUCGGCCAGGAGCUGAGCUCGCCGCUGGCGCCGGAGGCCGAGGGCCUCCAGGCCGAGCUGGAGCCCAUAGCGCCGUACUCGUUCGCACCCGCUCCGGGUGCCGGCGCCGACGUCGGCGGCUACUUCCCGCUCCUCUCGCCAACGGGCUUGGAGUGGCAGCUCAGGAGCAGCUACGCGGCUGGCGGCCUCGGGAUCGGCAUGGACUACGAGCCUCAUUUCGAGGAGUUCUACACGAAUGCUGCCGAUCCCUUCCAAUGGGAGUAUCAGGACUUGUACGCGGCCAAUUAGAUGAAUCUGUCAUCGCUCAGUCACUGUUAUAUGCAGCACGUACGGUAGUUGUACUGAACUUUGCCACCAGUAUUAGCUCCAGAUUUUUUUUAUGAAACGGGAUGACCCUGCUUUUAUAGAAAGCAAUAAGAGUUUUUACAUACCGGUUACUGGGGAUGCCAGUUUGCUUAGAACAAGCGAACGAGAUUAAAAACUAACAACCGACUAGAAGAAAAGACAGGACAAGAAUCAACAAAAGUCUUCUUCGAUGCACCGGCGCUCCACAUUCUCCAGAAAGAGUCCCGCCCAGCUACUGACUUGUGCCACCAGUCCCUCCGCUUUGGCUUGAUCAUCCCUUCGAAGCAACGGCUUCCAUCUCUGUAAGAAAGAUUUGGUUUUGAACAGCAAGUCAGACGGUUUUCUAGGAAACUUGCCCUCUAUUGUUCGUUUAUUUCGCGAAGUCCAAAGGGCCCAAGUCACCAUGGUUAGAAGGAAAAGUUUAGUGUGAUAGUCUUUGCACCCCAGCGGAAUCCAGGUGUCAAGGAAGUCCUGCCAUCCUACUGGAAUCCUUUCCCACCCCAAUGCUUCUUUGAAACAAGUCCAGAGAAAUCUGGCAACAAUGCAUGUAAAGAGGAUGUGGUCCGUUGUUUCAGGUUUUUUACAGAUAUUGCAGACCCCACUGCCUUUCCA